AAUCGGAAAGCUUUCGUCGAGUUCGGACGUGUGUGGAGAGAACGCCGCGUGCGUACGGGUUUUUCCUUUCCAUUCUCGGUUUGUGUGCGGCUGUGUACGUGUUUCUCGUGUGUCGCUCGGGAGUGCAGCAACUGUGGAAGCCUACUUUUUCCUGUGCGACUCCUCCUUGCUGGCCGGAUAUUAAUCGCGAACCAACACGGUAGUGUGAAAUAAAAGAGGUUGCUUUUAACACUAAAAAUACCGUGUUCAGUUUUGACAAUAUUAGAAGAAGUUGUGGGAGAAGAAUCGAAUUUUGUCAAGGUGCAAGUGCAGUGAUUUGUGUUGUUAGGAUACAGUAAGACGCACACAGGUCCGUUCAAUAGUAUAAAAUAUCAUCAGGCAACCCGACGCGUUCCGACGGAAGUUUUGCGGUGCGAGCAGGAGAGCAAAAAAAAAAAGGUGAAAAGCGCGUGAAAAGUGGAAUUAAAUAAAGGAGGGAAAUAGUGUGCCGAGUGUGAAUCCUCAACACAUCGUUUGCAAUAUUUUCCCCGUCGGCAGUCGGCCGUUUACUGUGAAGUUGAAGUUUUUCAUUUCCCCGCGCGUGUGAGAGUGUGUGUGCGCCAUCGCUAGUGCAUCGGUGUUGGCGAAGAAGAGGCCGGGGUCGAAUUCGGUGCGUGUGUGUGACAGUGUUUGUUUUUGUGCUUGUUUGUUGAGUAAAUGAAGUGUAUGAAAUAAUAAUAUUUAAAAAAAUCGUAUCGGUAUCUCUACUACAAGUGACGGAUCGGCGGAAUGCAUCGAGUGCGUUAGGAUGUGCAGUUUUGGGCUUGUUGUUUUUUUCUGUUUUGUGUCACUUUCCCCGUGCGAGUAGCUGCUGAAUGCAUUCACGGCCAAUUGCAUCGAGGGUGGUGUGGAUGAUCCCCCCCAAAACGGUCGGUGGAUGAUAUGUUAAGCAGUGCUAAAUUGUAGCCCUUUUUUUGCUUUGUGUUCGGCCGGAAUAGCGCAACAUGUGGAUGGAGAGAUGAAAGAUUAAUGCAAAAAAAUAGUACGAGCACACUCACUAACGAGAGGGCGUGUGUGUGUGUGUUGCGUGUGUGUGUGGAUAUAGGAGUUAAGCAGAUCAAUUAUCGGCGGAUGUAUCGGAUUGUGGAGUUGCUGGAGUAGGAGGCAGUAGUAGCUGCUGCUGGGACGGGCCUCCCCACGGGACGAUUGAGGGCGAGAGAUUAUUGUGCAUUUGCAUACCUACCACCCCGGUGCCCCGGACAUUGGACGCCGGAAACGCGUCUAGUAGUUCCUGCUCGUCGCUGGUGUAGAAGACCCGCACGCUGGAGCGCGUGUUAGAAGAGUUUCUGAGUGUAAUCCAGGCAGAGUGAGAGCGAUAGAGCGUUGAUAUCGCGUUGCGCCCGACAAAUUCUACUCCGGUGUAGAAAAUUGCAACUACAACAAUUACCAACACCAAAAAGAAGACAAAAAAGAGUACAGACAACCCGUCAAAGGUCGAACGCGUGUUGCGAGGCGAACUUUGAGGACGCAACCUAGAUCAAAACGUUUUGCAAACUGGAACCAUAUGACGUAAGCACGAUGUACGCGUACGCGCAGGGUGGAUCGCAAGGUCCGCCACAUUACGCGACACCGGGCAACGCGUACCUGGCCGGACCGCACCAUCACCAUCCGUACCCGGCCUACCACCACGGUGGUUCACCGACGCCGCCUUCAACCAUCACCUCGUUCAACAAUGUACCUGGCCCCUCGACGCUGCUCGGCCACCAUUACGCCUCGCCACACCACAUGCCACCGCCGCCGCCCCCGCCCCUCCCGAGUGCGGCCAGUGCGGCCGGUGUUGCCGCCGUCACCCACAACCAUCAGCAGGCGGCAGCGGCAGCAGCGGCGGCGGCGGCAGCAGCCGUUGCGGCCGGCGUCUCGCCAAUGCAAACUGACCCGCAGCUAACGGAGCUGGCGCCCUCGCUGGGCGGAAUCACCAAACGAAGAAGGUCUGAUGAGGAUACAUCCAGUGGUAACAAAUACAACAGAAUGGACGAAGACAACGUGCAGGACAAGGAGCGCUUCGCCAGUAGGGAAAACCAUUGCGAGAUCGAGCGGCGGAGGCGAAACAAAAUGACUGCCUACAUCACGGAGCUGUCGGACAUGGUGCCGACCUGCAGUGCCCUGGCGCGGAAACCGGACAAGCUGACGAUCCUGCGGAUGGCCGUCGCGCACAUGAAGGCAUUAAGAGGAACCGGCAAUACCAACACGGAUGGGUCGUACAAACCAUCCUUUCUUACCGAUCAGGAGCUGAAGCACCUGAUACUGGAAGCCGCAGAUGGAUUUCUGUUUGUGGCGGGCUGUGAUACAGGACGCAUCAUUUACGUGUCCGAUUCGGUGACACCGGUGCUAAACUACUCCCAGAACGAAUGGUACAGCGGGAGCCUUUUCGAUCACAUCCACCCGGACGACAUCGAGAAGGUGCGCGAGCAGCUCUCGACGCAGGAACCGGUCAACAGCGGACGGAUACUGGACCUCAAAACUGGCACAGUCAAGAAGGAAGGCCAUCAAUCAUCGAUGAGAUUAUGCAUGGGAUCGAGACGGGGGUUUAUCUGUCGGAUGCGAAUCGGACCGCUAACGCCAGAAUCGAUGGCCCUCGGGCAUCUGAACCGACUGCGAAGGAAAAACUCACUCGGUCCCUCCGUGGACGGUCACAACUACGCGGUAAUGCACUGCACGGGGUACAUCAAGAACUGGCCACCGACAGAUAUGUUUCCAGGGGUCACGAUCGACCGGGGGCAGGACGACGAGCUGCACAACACGCACUGCUGUCUGGUGGCGAUCGCACGGCUGCAGAUCACCUCCUCCACCACGGCGAACGAUCUGAACGCGAACAAUCCGAACGAGUUUAUCUCGCGCCACGCCAUGUGCGGCAAGUUCACGUUCGUCGACCAGCGGGUGAUCGGUGUGCUGGGCUACCAGCCGGUCGAUCUGCUCAACAAAAGCUGCUACGAUUUCUUCCACCCGGACGACAUUGCUCAUAUGAAGGAAAACUUUGACCAAGUGCUGAAGCAAAAGGGCCAAAUGUUCUCGGUCAUGUAUCGGUUCCGGGCGAAGAACAAGGAGUGGGUUUGGAUGAGAACGCAGGCGUACGCCUUCCUCAACCCGUACACGGACGAUAUCGAGUACGUGGUGUGUACGAACAGUUCGGCAAAGGCACUCCAUUCGUCCCACGACACGGUAACGGCACCGGAGCAAACGGAAACACCUGUCGCGUCCUAUCCGGCACCCGGGCUGGAUUAUACGCUGCCGGGCCGAAGGGACACCACACCCGCGAGCAAUAUCUACAAUCCUCACAAUCUGAUUUCACACUUGCCAUCGCAGCCGCAGACAGCAGCGCAGGCGGCCGCCGCUAGCAGUAUUCAACGACCGGAAAGCGCCCACAAUGCCGUGCAGUACAGCUACAAUCCGACCCCAUCGCCAAUACAAUACGGUUCACCGGGAACGCCUAGUGGUGGUGCGACGGGUGCGUUGGGGCAUCUUCCCAAAACUAACAAUACCUCGCCAACGCCGGCAGCCACUGCGUGGACCCUGCGACAGCCACAACCCGUCACCGAAGGUUACCAGUACAGUGAACUAAGUCCGAACCGGUCACCGACCGGGCCAACCUACACCCAGCUUAACGCAUCUCGUCAAACGUCCACCUUUACACCAUCAUCGCAAGCCGGACCGGGUAUCUGGAGCGGUUGGCAAUCGCACCAUCACGGUACCGGCCCGGAACCGAUGCAAACGGGAGGAUCCGGCGGUACGACCAACGGGCCCGGCUCAUCACACACCUCUGUUGGGCUGGCGCAGGAAAUGGCCACCGACAACGCCCAACAGCACAUGCAACAGCAACAACAUCCAGCCCUGCACGGGGCAGGCGGUGGCGGUGGCGGUGCAGGUGGCGGCGGUGGUGCUGGAACCGGUGGCGGAGGAGGUGCUCCACAUCACGUACCGCCACACCCACAGCACCCGCACGCCCAUCAUCCGGUGCAGCAUCCGCACCAUCCACACCAUCACCAUCAUCACCAUCCGGGGCAGAUCCAUCCCGGGCAUCAUCCGGUCGUUGGGCAGCAUCCGGGCCAGGGGCACGAGCUAACCGAUAUGCUGCAGAUGCUCGACCAGAGCGGGACUACCUCGUUCGAGGACCUAAACAUACACAUGUUUAACACACCGUUCGAAUGAAACCUGCUCUAUUACGGUGGCUACAACAGCAGCAGCUACAACAGCAACAACAGCAACGGCAACAACAGCCACUCCGCGCCGGGAGUUGAACCUGCCGCCCAGGGCAGCUACUCCCUCGGUACGUCCGCUUCCUCCUAUUCGUCCACCAUCUGCGCUUCCUCCGCUUCCAACACCAGCAGCAACAGCAACAACAACAACAACAACAACAGCAGUGGCAGCAACACAACCGCCUCCGUAAUGGCGGUCGCUGCAGCAGCUGCCGCAGCCGCCGCCGCCAUAUCAUCAACCGCACCUUCCUUCCCGAUGCUGCCCACGACCGCGUCGAUAGUCGGCGGACGGCCCGAACCAAUGGUGCUCGGCGACCCGGUGACGAUGGCGCCCGGUGGCUUUAACGGGCUCGGGUACGGAAUGAUGGUGCAUGAACAUAUGUAAAUAGUAAUUGGGGGAAAAAAAACUAAGCAACAAGUGAGAGGUGUGAAUGAAGAGAGCGAAGAAAGCAAAAGGUGAGUGGUGUGGGCUCCAACACCAAUCAACAUCCCCAGAAAACAAGCCGCCAGCAACAGGUCUAGAAGAAUUGUGUCCUCGAUGCACGCUUCGUACAUGCGUUUGUGUCUUCUUUCGUGUAGAAUUAUUGUGGCCAACAUUAUACGAAGGACGGACUCGGGGGGGGGGGGGACCACGUGCUACCUAACCCUCAGUGCGAUGGUUACGCUCAGCAAGGUUUUAGUCGUCCGAUUGUUUUUCUUUUAGAAUUAAAAUUCGUUUGAGUUUUGAGUUUUUAAUUCAGGACAAUGUACAGUGCGCGGUGCUAGUGGCGCUGCUGCUUGUACUGUUAUAGUUCCAAGCAAUCUUAAUUUAUUAACAGACGAGACACGCUGCCCAAAAUCCUCCCAAUAGGCACUCUUUGUAGGGUCAGUGCGUCUGCUAGGUAAUGAGUUUCAUUUCAAUUUCCCCUCUAAAGGUCACGCUGGAAUCGCCCAAAAUACUUCUAGUGAAAAACAAGAAUUCGUCCCGGGAAAAAAAUCGUGUACAGUACAGAUUAUUUUUCCGUUUUUUUAUCAUCUUUACUGUAAUGGAUAGUUAAUGGCGAGAUAGACCCCCAAAAAAGAGAGGAAAUCUAGGUGCAAGACGGAUCUGCCUGUACAGCUUUCUUUCAAACUCAACACACCCGCCACACCACAGCAAAGAAAGGGGAAAACUUUAGCAAGAUUCAGCAACAAUUGUUGUCUCGGAAGGCACUCUACAGACAGGAUGAUGCGACAGAAGGAAAAUGGCGAAAAUUUAAGCUACUCAAAUCCAUCUUUGAUGCGGAAAUGAACACGCUUAAAAGGUCCUAUCAAACCAAAUUCCUCUAAGAGUUAUCAAUAACAUUCUGGCAUUUAGAACAGUACAACAGGAUCAGGAUUGUACUUGUUAGACGACCACAAAUGAUGAGAUCGUCGUGAUUUUAACGCAUUUUUGAGCAACUUUUUCAACUUCAGGGAAGUGAACCUAAACCAAGGGAAGUAACUCUGAUCCUUCGAUAUCCUUAAAUCCACCUCAGAGAUCAUGGAUUGCACCAGCCAGAUGCUUGGUUUACAGCUUGAACUUCAGUUUCUCGGGAACAUCCUCACGUUUAUCCCUCGCAAAUGAGGCAAUAUGUGUGUCUAUUUGCGUUAGCAGUUGCGUGAAAGUCUUUUUUGAUAACUCUCCGCAAGGAUUUUUCAGCAAUAUGGUGUUGUGGCUUAAAGAUGGAACGAAUUUUAUCAAGCUUGCAGACGUCCUUGGCCCUUUUUUUCUAGGCUGUUCGUACCUUAGGAUCACUUCCUACAUGGCAACUUCUCUAGCCAUUCAUUUGCAAUAUUGUACAGUUCGAUUUUUGUCUGAUGUAGCUCUACUCAGCAAGCAUGAAAAUAUGAGUUAUUAGCUAAAUUUUCGCCCUUUCUUUUUCUGUCGCUCGCUGUGUCAAGUACAGUUCAAGUACAGCAAAGCCAGGCGCGUAAGAUGCACAUCGGGAAGGGCAAUGUAAAAUAAUGAACCACCCGCGCGUGAUGAUCCUUCCUCAUACUCACUGCUACCGUUACGCCGAGGUGAGUGAGAAUGCUAGUGUGCGAAGAAAACGAAAAAGAAAACCAACCAGCUCUAAACAUAAUUUAAAUAAUCUUUUGAACACACUAAUUUAAACGUAGAUAAGCGGUAGGGUAAGUAAGCGUGUGAAAGAUAAUGGUGCCGAUAGGAAGGGAUGAGAAGGGGGGGAGCAGCAAUACACAUAAGCGGACGGAGGAAAGGAUGCUUCAUCGCCAAACAGAACUAAAAGUAUGGUGGAUAUGGUCGUAUGCAAGUUAGUUAGUUUCGCGGGCGCGCCUCAGCCCACGACGCGACCGAGCUGGUUUAAUCAAUCGUAUUUGUUAGUUAAUUUGCAAAAAUGGCGGUAAAAUAGGUGCGAGAUUUCUUCCGAAGCAACUUCCUUCCGUUAUGGCGCUCGUCCAGCUCCGAAAGCUCUUUCAGUGUAUGAAGCAAAAGCGUCACCGCUAUGGAUUUGGUUUUUUUCACAAACCCGUACACAAAACUUCCAACGUCGGCAGGAUUCCAUUAUGUUAAACUACACGACAGGCUUUCUAUUUAGUGGCCACUAGGAAAAAGGAAAAGCGAUGCGUGUGUGUGUGUGUGUGAGUAAGGAAAACGUGUUUCGUCCAGCUGAUAAAAAAUUGCUUAACCUUUUAUCAUUUUGCCUGGGAGCAAGCGGAAUGAUGAAGAGACGGAUCAACGUUAAGAAAAUAUCAUCAUUGAAGAACAAAAUUAUUAGCUUGUUUCGGUUCGUCUGUAUAAAGCGGAAAAUUGUUUAGUGUAGGAUUUAAACUUUAAAACAACACACACACACUCACACACUCCCAACACGGAGAAGAAAAUCAGAAGAGGUAAAGGUAACAGUGUGGGAAAAAGCUCACACACAAGAAAGGAACACAGCAUUACUAAUUAGAGAAAGAAGCACAGAAUGCGAAUAGAUUAAUAGACGGAAGAAGAAGGUAGAAAAGCGAAACGAAACGAUGAAUGUAUGGGUGGACAUUAUGCACAUAUUAUGGCAGAUGCUAACGCGUGAACAUACAUAUAUAUAUAUAAAUAUAUAUAAAUUGCAUAUAAAUAUAGAUAUAAACAGAAGCUGCGAGAAGAAAAGUAGACAGAGCGAGAGAGAAUGAAACCAAGAGCGAAUGUGUACUCCAUUUUUUUAAGUAAACCAAUGUGUGAAUGAACCGUAGACGACAAAGAGCAAUUUGCAAAAAAAAAAAACAAAAGAAAAUGGCAAGAAAAAAUGUAGAAACCGUGUGGGAGAUGGGCGUGCUGGUGGAGCUAGGAGCAACGUGUUGUUCGUGUCAUUCAAAAACUCACAAUCCACAGCCUCGCCACGGUGAAACGGUGUGGAAAUCAUUUGAAAACUAAAAGCUAAAAAAGGGGUGGGAAAGAAUCGAAGCAAAGUGUCGUGGGUGCGAAAUAGACGAGAGAUAUAAAUUACUAAUUCAAGGAAGAAAAUCAAGUUUAAUAUAAUAAAAGAAAACUUAAAAAAUAUA